AUGACGCUUAAAAAUAUCUCCAAUGAUGUGGUUCCCUUCACGCCACAACAACUUGCCUCUGGUGCCUCCAAAUGCCUCGAUCUCCAAAAGUCUGGAAGGAGUAUCCACUCUAAGCGACCAUUCGCGGCUCUUUUGUUGAGCCCUGAUAAUGAGACUGUGUUGAUGACCUCGCUCUCACUCUCUCAUGUUCGCCAUGCUGAAUGUGAACUGGCCCGUAAUGCUGCGGAUAACUACGACUGGGGCUACCUCGCAAAAUGUACGAUGAUCUCAACGUGGGAGCCAUGUGCUAUGUGUGCCGGAUCCAUCUACUGGGCCCAUAUCGGACGGGUCAUCUAUCUGGCAUCGGAGAAAGCAUUGCUAGAGCUCACAGGGCCCGGAAACACAGAGAACCUGACUCUCGAUAUGCCGUGCCGAACGGUCUUUGAAGCAGGGCAAACGCCUGUGGAGGUAAUAGGGCCCUUGACGUCCGAGGGAUGGGAGCAGAAAGUGGUGGACGAUGCUGCACUAUAUUGGUUACAAAGUGCUUAA